AUGUCUAGACACCAAUCAGAUUUAAUGAUGUGUAUGAACCCAGCUGGCAUCAACACUGGCAUACUCUGCGAAAAAUGUGAUGGGAGGUGCCCCAGCUGCGAUAGUUACGUUAGGCCUAGAAGCAGGGUUACUGUGUGCGACCAAUGCUCCUUUGGUAAACAAGCCACUCAAUGUAUAUUGUGUGGAUCCACAAACGGAAAAGUACCCGCGUAUUACUGCUGGGAGUGUUGUAAACUAGGAAAGAACCGAAAAGGAUGUCCUAGGAUUAUAAACAUUGGCAGCAAUAAAAUGGAUAGAUAUUUUGGUACAAAAAAGGAUACUUAA